ACAGGAGCCGGCAAGAUGGCGGAGGGCGCAGCGCUGAGCGCCGAGAGUUUGCGGGAGAAACUGACGCGGGAGCUGCAGGCCGAGCAUGUGGAAGUGCAGGACACGUCGCCCAAUCACUGCUCUACAAGUUUCAAGGUGCUGGUGGUGUCGCCGCUGUUUGAGGGGAAGGCGCUGCUGCAGAGACACAGGCUGGUGAAUGGCUGCCUGGCAGAGGAGCUAAGGGCAAUUCACGCCUUUGAACAGAAGACCCUGACGCCGGCACAGUGGGCACAAGAGAAACAGAAAUGACCCCGUUCCCAGACUGCGCCAAUGGGAUCUCGUGGGCACCGUUCCAGCUCAGAGACUUGUGUGCCCCCCACAGACCCCCAGACUCAGGAAUGAGCAGCACUUAGGGGUGGGGCCAAUGGCAGCGCCAGUGCUGCAGGGGGUACAGAUGGUACCCGAGGGGCAAAUAAAGUCCAUUCCAUUUGGGA